AUGGCAAUAUAUAAGAAACAUUUCUCUCUAUCUAUUGUGGGCCAUGGUGGUAUGGGGAAGACAACUCUCUUACAACAUGUUUAUAAUGAUGAAAUUACGAAGGAAUUUGGUCUUAAAAUGUGGGUUUGUGUUUCCAACAACUUUCAUGUGAAGAAAGUCAUUGCCGAUAUGUUGGAAUCUCUUCAUAAGAAAGAGAGGCCUCGUUUGGAGACACUUGAUGCACUUCAAGGGCGUCUCAAGGAGGAGGUGAAGUCCAAAAAGUUCUUACUUGUGCUGGAUGAUAUUUGGGAGGAGGAUGAAAGCAAAUGGGGGGAUGUGCUUGCCCCUCUAUCUUCUGGGGGUUUUGGUAGUAAGAUUCUGGUAACAACUCGAACGGACUCAGUUGCACUGAUGCUUGCAAAGGUAAUUAAAAAGAAGAAGGAAAUAGUUAAAUUAGAGGGCCUAGAGGAAGAUGAGUGUUUGGAGCUCCUUUACUCUCAUGCAUUUGCUGGUGUAGAGAACUCCCCUGAUGAUCAUGAAAGUUUAAUAGUCAUUGCUCGAGAUAUAGUUAAAAAGCUUUCAAGAUCUCCGUUGGCAGCUAAGGUCAUUGGCGGUGUUCUGAAUGAGAACUUGGAAGUAAGGCAUUGGAGGACAGUUCUAGAAAGCAAUUUAUUGGAUCAGAAUUCUAUCCAUUCUAUCUUAAGACUUAGCUAUACAGUUCUGCCAAAUCAUCUACGAAAUUGCUUUGCAUUUUGUUGUAUAUUCCCAGAAGAUCAUGAGUUUGAUAAAGAUGAUUUAGUCCGAAUGUGGAUUGCAUUGGGUUUCAUUCAGUCGUCUCCAGGAAUGACUAUGGAGGAUAUCGGAGGAAAGUAUUUUGAUGUUUUAGUCAAAAAAGUUUUAUUUAACAAGUUUGAGGUCGAACAUUACGAUUUGCCGGUCACAUAUAACUACAAGAUGCAUGAUUUAAUACAUGAGUCAGCAUCUAGAUUUUUUUCUCAGGUAUGCUGUAAACUUGUGGGUAAUGAAGUGUCAUCUCUCAAAAUUUCUGAGACUAUUCGGCACUUAUCUGUUCUAAAUGCAAAACCAGACAUCUUAAGAAAGAUUGAGAAGUUGAAACAUUUGCAUUCUCUUUUCUUGUUCUAUGAAGAUUUUAAUGAUCAGGAUCUUCACAGUGGACUUAUUGAAGUAUUGAAAACAUCGAGAAGCCUACGCUUAUUAUACAUAUGGGUUUCAAAAGGCUUGAAAAUAAUACCUGAGGGGAUUGGAAAUUUGAUACAUCUUCGAUACUUAAAUAUUGUUAGUUCUAAUUUGACUCUGAUGCCAAGAUCUGUAAGUAAUCUCUAUCACUUGCAAUAUAUAAGCUAUUGGCGAAAUAGCCUAAGCGAUCCUGAAGGUGAUGUUUUUUUACCAAGUGACAUUAAUAGCCUUUCUAACUUGCGUUACAUGAAAUUGCCCAAGAUUUGUAUUUCAUCGAUUUGUGAAAUUGGGAAGUUAAAGUCUCUUCAAGAACUGUAUAUAUUUGAUCUUAGAGAUGUGAGUGGUUAUCGAAUUGGGGAGCUGAAGAAUAUGCUUGAUCUUUACAAAUUAGGAAUCAAUUGCCUUGAAAAUGUUAAGGAUGGCGAGGAGGCUCGUAAUGCCCAAUUAUGUGAAAAGAGGAGGCUCACAGAUUUGACCUUAUGUUGGAGUGAUAAUCACAUUGCUUCGACGAACAACGAUUUAGAUGAGAAUGUGCUCGACAACCUUCAUCCACCAAAAUGUCUAAAGAAUCUGAGCAUAAAGAGAUACAUGGGUGCAAGGUCUGCAAUAUGGAUGAACAAUGUCAAUUGGAUCAUCAAUCUAGAGGAAAUCGAAUUGUCUCAUUGCAAGGAAUUGGAAACUCUUCCACCUUUUGGGCAACUUCCCUUUCUCAAGAUACUGAAACUUGAAAGCAUGCCGAAAGUAAAAUGGCUCGAAAGUAAAUUUAAUGGGAAUGAUAAAUACCGUGCCUUUCCAUUGCUAGAGAAGUUAUAUAUUUACGGAUUAGAAGCAUUAGAGGAUUGGUUUGAGGCAGGAGUAGCUGCUGAAGAUGGAUGUUUGUUUCCUUGCUUAAUUCGACUGUUUCUAAUUGGCUGCCCGAAGUUGAAAGAGUUUCCCUCUUUGCCCCCUAAGCUCAAGUACUUCUUGAUGGAGAACAUGGGGUGGAGGACUUUGAAUUUUGGUAGCAAUUCAAAUCCUAUUCCCCUUCAAUCAUUAGAGGUCGUUGACUGUCCAAAUAUUACAUCUAUUCCUCUGGCUGAUGAAAUAGCAAGACUUGCAGCACUAAGAUCCUUGAAAAUUAUGAAGUGCCCUAAUCUGAUCUCUCUGGGAAGAUAUCGAGAUUUUUCCGGAUUUUCGUGGAUUUUUACUGUGAUGGAUCAGCCAACCCAGACACUGACAGACGGGCAGAGUGCUAGUCAGGCAGCACGCAGUGGGGAGUACCAGCCCAGGUUGGCCGGUGCUAAUACAUUGUCUCAAGUAUUGCUGACACUUGUUGCUCAGAUGAUGAGCGCGAGAACUUCAGUAGCAAGCGCUUCUACCGCACAAUCUGAGGGCAUGCGAGCUCCAUCUGAUAGAGAACGACUGACAGCUUACUCAGCAGGCGGUGGACUUGCGAGUAGGCGCAAGAAAGUUUGCAGGCGAGGCAUCUGCAGUGGUUCCCUCUGGGAAGACAGAACUUUAUAUCUGGAUCUGUCUGGGGAUAUGGAGGACUCCAGGAGCGAGUGCAGGGUCGUCUGGUAG